AUGGGUUCGUUGGUGGCCAAACUCCUUCUGCCAACUCUAAGCAGCCUGGCUUUCCUCCCGACCAUCAGCAUCGCAGCCAAGAGGCAGUUUCACAUGGAGGCCAUGGUUUAUUUCUUCACCAUGUUCUUUGUGUCGAUAUACCACGCGUGUGACGGUCCUGGUUUAUCCAUCAUCUGUUUCAUGCAAUAUGAUAUCCUGGAGUACUUCAGCAUCUAUGGGACGGCAUUAUCCAUGUGGGUGUCCCUGAUGGCCCUGGCAGAGUUUGAUGAGCCCAAAAGGUCAACCUUUGUGAUGUUUGGCGUGCUUACCAUAGCGGUCAGGAUCUACCACGACCGGUGGGGCUAUGGCGUUUACUCGGGGCCAAUUGGGACCGCCGUUCUCAUGAUCACCGUGAAAUGGCUGCAAAAGAUGAAAGAGAAAAAAGGACUGUACCCUGACAAAAGUGUCUAUACGCAGCAGAUUGGGCCGGGCUUCUGCUUCGGAGCCCUCGCUUUGAUGCUCCGGUUCUUUUUUGAGGAGUGGGAUUACACCUAUGUCCACAGCUUCUACCACUGCGCUCUGGCCAUGUCGUUCGUCCUGCUGCUGCCCAAAGUGAACAAGAAAGCCGGCAACGGGGGGCCCCCCGCCAAACUGGAUUGCUCUACUCUCUGCUGCUGCGUUUGA